UUGUUUGUACUUUCAUAUCGGACUUUCCGCUCAGGCAGAGUCGUCAGCGCGGUCAUCACUCCGGGAGGGCAGUUGAAAAGCCGCGAAAAGAUAGAACCGUUGUUAACUCCGCCUACGAACAAACCAUGCUUCCAUUCAUCUCAUGCAGCGGCCAGUGAAAGACGACGUCUGGCGAUGGUCAUUGACGACUGGUCAAUGGAUCAACGCAGGGCACCGAAAACUCACUUCGGGGAGCUGUCACUCGUCGACGGUUGGUCGAUGGCCGGCAGGGACGGGCGGGUGGUUGGCGAGCAGGCCGAAAACUUGGCAGCAUUGGCGUUGAUAAAGCCGACCGACGAACGAACGAACGAGGAGCGAUCGUAUAUCGCGACGGAGGCCAGCGACCGAGCUCCUGACGACCGACGACCGACGACUGCCGACUGUCGAUGCCUCGUCCUCAGAGAAUCGGCGGCACUCGCCGCCAUCGACGCCAGCCGAAUGGUCGACCUUCGAGCUGGCUCCAAGCCGGCCUCCAAACGCAGGCUACCACCAAACUUUCGUUCUCCGUGA